CUCUCUCUGUCCUACACAGAAGAAAUGCAACAGAGCUGAUCUGCCACUCUGAAGCCUUUUCUUGAUCCUUAAGUUUUUUCUAGCAAUUGGUGAAUUCAGUCGUUGUGUGAUAUGGUCAUGUCCAUUUCUGUCCAGAGUCUGGGGCUCAUCUUACUCGCAGCAGUCCUCCUCCAGACCAUCGCGGUCGCCGUCAGUUUUAUGUACUUCAACAAAGUCCUGAACACGAUGCAGGAGAGUUUUUCCAGGAGCAGCAUGUCCUGUCUUGUAAACCCAAAUCUGAACUUCCUGGACGCGGCAGACAAGAAGAGCGACCCCUGCUGGCAGGUCACGCAACAGCUCCACUACUACUUAAAGAAGAAGAUUGUUGAAAGAUUCCAGAUACCUACUCCUGAGAGAAGGGUCUCUCUUCCCAAAGUUGGUGCACAUGUGACUGGUGUUGUCUCAUCAGCAGAGCCUCCAAAUUCAGAGAGUUUACGAAGCAGCAAGGGGUACCUGGGAGAGCGCAUCAGAGAGUGGGAAGGCCAGAGAGGCCUGUCCUUCUUGCAGAACAUAGAGCUGAGAGGAGGAGAGCUGCUGGUGCCCAGAGCAGGCCUCUACUACAUCUACGCCCAGACCUACUUCAAACUCCCCUCCAUGGGGGAGAUGGACGGGGAAACAAGAGAGGAGCAAGGAGCUCAGCUUGUCCAGUAUAUCUACAAGAAGAUGAGUUCCUACACGGCACCCAUCUUACUGAUGAAAUCGAUUAGGAGUGUCUGCUGGCCUCGGGGUCAGGAGCCUGGCCUCUUCUCUCUGCAUCAGGCGGGCACUGCCUUUCUACAGCCUGCAGAUCGCCUCUUCAUUACUGUUAGCAAUGCUAGUGUCAUAGAGAUGGACGGUAGGGCAAACUACUUUGGGGCCUUCCUCGUGAGCUAAAAAUAAGCAUCCAGGACUGAAAUUUUAAAAAGGCAUGAGCAGAGGUGAAGCAGAAUGUUGCUUGAUAGCAUAAGUGGCGGUCGGAUGGAACAGGACUGGAAGAGAAGAAAAGACUGUAAGGGUGGCAAAAGGACUUCUUCGGGACCACGGGUCAUGUAUGACAUUCCGGAAAUAAUGUCAUCGAAAUAAAUCCAUCAGUGGCCUUUUAAUUGGUUGACCUAAUGCAGGAUAUGAAUUCCGUUUUCAAGCCUGAGAAACUUCAUGGACGCUUGAUGUACGGCAGAAAACAUGGAUUAUGUUUUGCAUUCGGAUAGAUAGAGGUGCACUUCAAGCCAUACAAUAGAUACAGAUUUAAAUGUCACGCGUGAAUGCCCUCUAUUGAAGCAAUCCGUUUUGCCUGCAGGUGAAACAGUUCCCAACUGAGUUAUCAGUCACUGGAAAGGGCAGCGAUGUUGGGCACAUGAGAGGUCUUACAUCAAAAAUUCUGACAAGAUUUUACAUGUUGAAUAUUAUGAAUGAAGCUUCCUACUCGUUUAUGUCAUCUCUGUGCAAUCUGAAUGAAUGUGGUAUUAAAGAGAUAAAGGGA